GUAUGGGAGACAAGCAGUGAAUGCCCGCUGAGCCUGCCCGAGCACCCAAUAUGGCGGCCCUGUCACCGCCGGCGGACCCGGACAAGCGAGCCACGGCGGCCCGGCUGAAGAGCGAGCUGAGCGCGGAGCCGAGCGCGGGGCGGGCCCGGCUGGACGAGCUGCUGGAGCGGGUGCUGAGCUCGGCGGACAGCCUGGAGUGGUGCCGGUGCCUGCUGGCCGGCGGGGGGAGCUUCGAGGAGUUCCGUGAGGCCGUGCGCUCCUAUGAUAACGCCGCCCUGUGCGGCCUGGUCUGGACCGCCAACUUCGUGGCUUACCGCUGCCGGACCUGCGGCAUCUCGCCCUGCAUGUCCCUGUGUGCAGAGUGCUUCAACCAGGGCGAGCACGCCGGACACGACUUCAACAUGUUCCGCAGCCAGGCCGGGGGAGCGUGCGACUGCGGGGACAGCAACGUCAUGCGGGAGAGCGGGUUUUGCAAACGACACAGGAUAAAGUCCCGAUCGUGCGUUCCAUCUAUUCCCCAUGAUUUAUUGUUGAUGUCUGAAUUGGUUAUCCCUCGAUUUAUCUUCUAUCUCAUCCAAUACUUGAGGGAUUGGUACAAUGAGCCAGCAGCAGAUUCUCCAGCCGAGAGAGACCUCCAGAAAGUCCUUCAAGUAUUGGAUCCUCAAAUCUCAUUCUUGGAGGAUUUAACGAAGAUGGGUGGCGCCAUGAGAACCGUUCUUACGCAGGUGCUGACCAACCAGCAAUACUACAAAGACCUUUGCUCUGGUACAGGAGAGAAUGAAUGCACGAAGAGCCAUGAAAACUAUCUCAUUGCUCUGAAGGGAUCUGGAUUGACAAUUUCAGAGGAGAAAACUUCGAGUGCAUCACUAGAGACAUCGCCUGGCACAAGUGCAAUAGCAGUUCAAGAACUCACAUGUGGAAUUGAGACACCUGAAGAGACAGAUUCUUCAGACGAGGAAGGCCAGGAUGGCAGACAAAGUGUAGGGAAACGCAAAAGAGUGAAACUGAGCAGUAGCACCAAAGAGCAUUCAAUAAUGGAUGUCUUGAAGCAUAAAUGUUUUCUAGAAGAAUUGUUAUUUUGGACAAUUAAGUAUGAAUUUCCACAGAAAAUGGUCACUUUCUUACUCAAUAUGCUGCCGGAUCAAGAUUAUAAGGUUGCGUUUACUAAAACAUUUGUCCAGCACUAUGCAUUUAUCAUGAAAACAUUGAAGAAAAGCCAUGAAUCAGACACAAUGUCUAAUCGAAUUGUCCACAUCAGUGUUCAACUCUUCAGCAAUGAGGAACUGGCUCGACAGGUGACUGAAGAGUGUCAGUUACUGGACAUCAUGGUCACCGUUUUACUCUAUAUGAUGGAAAGUUGCCUUAUUAAAAGUGAAUUACAAGAUGAAGAAAAUGGUUUGCAUGUUGUGGUAAACUGCGGUGAAGCAUUACUCAAAAACAAUACCUACUGGCCCCUUGUUAGUGAUUUUAUAAAUAUCCUUUCUCACCAAAGUGUAGCCAAGAAAUUUCUCGAGGAUCAUGACUUAUUGGUUACCUGGAUGAAUUUUGUGUCCUUCUUUCAAGGUAUGAAUUUAAAUAAGAAAGAACUCAGUGAGCAUGUAGAGUUUGAAUCGCAGACCUACUAUGCCGCGUUUGCUGCUGAACUAGAAGCCUGUGCUCAGCCUAUGUGGGGACUUUUGUCGCACUGCAAAGUUAGGGAGACCCAAGAGUAUACCAGGAAUGUUGUCAGAUAUUGCCUUGAAGCACUUCAAGACUGGUUUGAUGCCAUUAACUUCGUAGAUGAGCCUACUCCAAAUCAGGUUACCUUCCACUUGCCUCUGCAUCGAUACUACGCCAUGUUUUUAAGCAAGGCUGUGAAAUGUCAGGAAAUAGACUUAGACUCCAUAUUGCCUGACCAGGAAAUGCUGAUGAAGCUUAUGGUCCACCCACUUCUUAUUCAGGCAAGCUUAUCUGAAAUACACAGCAAUAUGUGGGUUCGGAAUGGUCUGCAAAUUAAAGGACAGGCUAUGACAUAUGUACAGUCCCACUUUUGUAAUUCUAUGAUCGAUCCAGAUAUCUACCUAUUACAGGUUUGUGCUUCAAAGCUUGAUCCAGAUUACUUCAUCUCGUCAGUCUUUGAAAGAUUUAAAGUCGUGGACCUGCUCACGAUGGCAUCCCAGCACCAGAACACUGUUCUGGAAUCUGACCACGAGCGAUCAAUGCUUGAAGGGGCGCUGUCAUUUCUGGUCAUUCUUAUUAGUCUUCGUGUACAUUUAGGAAUGACUGAUGAUGAGAUACUUCGAGCAGAGAUGAUAGCCCAGCUCUGUAUGAAUGACCGUACUCACAGCUCACUGCUUGACCUUAUACCAGAAAGCCCUAACCCAAAAAGCAGUGUGAUUGCAGGAGGUUGCAGCUUCGAGUCCGUGUUGUCUGCAGUAGCAGAUUUUAAAGCACCUGUAUUUGAACCGGGAGGAUCAAUGCAACAAGGAAUGUAUACACCAAAGAGUGAGAUCUGGGAUCAGGAAUUUGACCCUGUGAUGGUGAUUCUUCGAACGGUUUAUCGGAGAGACGUGCAGUCCACCAUGGACAGAUAUACAGCAUUUUUAAAACAGACUGGAAGGAUUACAGGAAACCCAUGGCCACCUUAUAAGAAGCGGUCACCUCUUCAUCCCAACUACAGAGGUCUAAUGAGACUCUUACACUGCAAAACAUUGCACAUUGUACUGUUUACUCUGCUCUAUAAGGUUUUGAUGGACCAUCAGAAUAUGUCGGAACAUGUGAUUUGCAUGGUUUUAUAUUUAGUAGAACUUGGCUUGGAAAAUUCUCCUGAAGAAGAGUCUUUAGAAGAGGAAUGUGCCGUCCAAGAACGUUGCCAUGACAGCUGGUUUCCUGGCAGUAACCUACUAUGCAACAUGCGCCACGUCAUCAACUAUGUAAGAGUGCGUGUCCCAGAGACGGCGCCAGAGGUGAAAAGAGAACCGCCAGCAAGUACCAGCUCGGACAGCUCAACAUCAGCACAUAACUCAAGACGGCCGUCUCUGCUCCAGAGGGAGAAUUCAGGCACAGCGCAGGUUUUCAGCCUAGUCGCUGAACGCAGAAAAAAAUUCCAGGAGAUUAUAAACCGCAAUAAUAGUGAAGCAAGUCAAGUAGUACGGCCCAAAUCAUCUGCUCUGAAAUGGACCGCACCGGGGGCAACCCCUCAACUCACCACAGUCAUUCUAGAGGUGAAAGAGAGCAUGUUGUCUUUGCUUAUCAAACUGCACCAAAAGCUUUCAGCAAAACCCAAUUCCUACAGUCCUCCCUGGUUGGAUGACCCCGAUUGCCUUGGCCAACCUGACUCGCCAAAGUAUUCUCAUGGUGAUGGAGUGACUGCAGUAGAAAGAAUUUUAUUGAAGGCAGCAAUGCAGAGCCGAUUAAACAAGCAGAGCAUUGAUGAAAUAUGCAGGAAGACUGCUCCUCCGGUACCACCUAAAAAAUUAAGCCCGGCUGACAAGAAGACAUUGGAUAAGGAAGAAAGACGGCAGAAGGCAAGAGAGAGACAGCAAAAAUUGCUUGCUGAAUUUGCUUCAAGACAAAAAAGCUUCAUGGAGACCGCAAUGGAUGUUGAAUCCCCAGAAAGUGAUGUUGCCAUGGAGAUAUCUGCAUCUGAACUGCAAGUUUCGGAACCUGUAUGUGACUGCGUGAUUUGUGGGCAGAGUGGUCCUUCUACCGAGGAUCGUCCCAUAGGGCUCGUUGUUCUUUUACAAGCUACGUCUGUAUUGGGACAUCGGCGAAAAAAUUCUGAACCAAAGAAACUUCCAACCUCUGAAGGAGAGCAGAUCUACCAAGAUGGCACAUGUGCAGCGGUCCACGAUGUGAAACUCUCCAUAUUGCAGCGCUACUUUAAGGAUAGUUCCUGCCUGCAGUCUGUGUCUAUAGGCUGGGAAGGUGGAGUUUAUGUGCAAACAUGUGGCCAUACCCUUCAUAUAGAUUGUCAUAAGUCCUAUAUGGAAUCCUUACGGAAUGAUCAAGUUCUGCCAGGCUUUUCCGUUGACAAGGGAGAAUUCAAGUGUCCUCUCUGCAGGCAGUUUGCAAACAGCGUCCUUCCUUGCUUUCCAACCAACAAUGGGGAACGAUGCCCCUGGCUGAGUCACAGUCACUGCAAUAAAAGCAUGCGGGAGCUCAUCAUAGAGGUGGAAGAGCUACAAGAGCAGCUGGGAACUUUCCCAGUAAGCAUCAGUUCUGAAACCAAUUUAAGCAAAGAAAUGGAGACUGUGAUGAAAGACAUAAGAGGUGCUACAGAGAAGAAGUACACAGACUACAGCAAAACUGUAGGGUCACCGGACAAUGACUUUCUUUUCAUGUAUUCUGUGGCUCGAACAAAUUUGGAACUGGAACUUAUCCAUCGUGGGGACAACUUGUGUUCUGGAGGGGCCAGUCCUGCUGGAAAAAGAUCCUGCUUAAACCAACUUUUUCACGUCUUGGCCAUGCACAUGCGGGUAUACAGCAUCGACGCAGAGUACAAUCCGUGGAGGAAGUUAACACGACUUUUGCCGAAGAAUUCUUCAGAGGCAAGCAAUGAAGACAGGGUAGAGGUCCCUUUACUUUACCGAGAUGUGACCUCAAUUUUGCUCAUUCAAGUUUUAACAAUGCCUCAACCUCUUCACAAAGAGCAUUUUAUUUGCAUUGUGAAAGUGCUUUACACGUUGAUGUACACUCAAGCAGUGAUUGCUUUCACACUUAAACUCCGUGCUGAGGAGCGUGAAGCCUGGAGAGAAUCUGGAUCUUCUAUGAAGAGUUCAUAUGCUUCGGGCCAAUCUUGGGAAGCUCUGCUCAGUCACGUGAUAAGUGAAUUAUCUGCAGGGAAGGUGUACCAAGAGGAAGAAUCUGAAGAUGCAACAAUGAUGAGCUCUGCAGUUUGGUCUUCACAGUCUGUUGAACAUUACCUGCAGCAGUUCUGCUUGCCAUUCCUCAGGAUUACAACCCUUCUUCAACACCAUCUUUUCGGAGUGGAUAUACCCAGUUGUCAGGAAGAAGAUGAAUUUGCUGUUCUCUCGACCUGUUUGGGCCUCUUGCCAUCAAGUUUUCAAGCGUUACAUCCCUUCAAUAGUGCCUCUUGCCUUGAUUGGCCAGCUCCAGCGCUUGAUCUGAUAUCACAGUGGUGUUUAGAAAUUACAUUGUUUUCUGAUCAACAUCCUGACCAAGUUAAUGUUUUGCUGGUUCAAGAUACAAAGUGGGACUUGCCGCGCCUUCUCCAGCUGCCAGAAAUUUACAAUACAAUUUUUCAAUAUUACCAUCGAAAGUCGUGCAGUGUGUGUUCGAAGGUUCCCAAGGACCCAGCUCUCUGCCUCGUUUGUGGCACCUUUGUUUGUUUGAAGGAACUCUGCUGCAAGCAACAUAAUUACUCUGAAUGUGUACUGCACUCCCAAAACUGUGGAGCUGGAACUGGAAUUUUCCUCUUGAUCAAUGCGUCUGUCAUUAUAAUAAUUCGAGGGCAUCGUUUUUGCCUUUGGGGAUCUGUAUAUUUGGAUACACAUGGUGAAGAAGAUAGAGAACUCAGGCGAGGCAAGCCCCUUUACAUUUCUAAGGAGAGGUACGGGGCACUGGAGCAGCAGUGGGUGUCCCAUACGUUUGAUCACAUCAAUAAAAGAUGGGGGCCGCACUACAACAGCUUGUAAGAACCUGUGUCAUCAUCUGUAGGAGUCGAGGAGCAAAGGGCUUUCUUACUGUGCAAGGGGAUCCUGGCAUGAAUCUGGUGUCAAUGCAUUUUUUUUUUAUUUUUUAUGAUUAGGUGCUAUUAUGCUACUAAAUAAAAACAGAACCCCUCCGACAUUUAGCUUUUAAGGUACAAAAUGGUAAAUUGGCAGUGUGUGCCAUAAGCAGAAAAGCACAACUAAUAAUGAAUGUUAAAGGAGCAGUUCCACUUACUGUGCUUUGAAUUAUUUACCAGUUUAUUGCUCCUGUUUUUGGGGGGGAUGAAAAAGGCCCAUGCAAUUUAGAUUUUGCUUUUAAUCUCCUCAGUCUGUAUACAUUCAAGGCACUUUAUUUUUAUUUUUUAAUUUCUGGAACACAAACCUCAAAUUAUAGCUCUAUAUUUAUCCAUCUUGAAAAUAAAUAGCACGAUUAAGCCAAUUGCCAAACAAAAUUUGACCUGGCAAAUAAAGGGUUUCACAUUUAUGUUUUGAUGAUUUCUCUCCAUUCCCCCACCCACCCCCGCC